GCUCUCAAUGUCAAGAUGGGGGAUUCCUACGAAAGCAGAAUGACUGUGAGUUCAUGGAACUAUGAUGACGUAUUGGAGAAAAUCGGCUAUGGUAAAACGCAAUGGCUGCUCUUGCUAAUAAGUGGACUGUUGACCAUAACUUCGGUUGCCGCUCAACAAUCUAUGGGCAUUAUUGUAAUCGCCUCCCACUGCGAGUUUCACACAACUCAAGCUGAAAAGGGUCUAAUGAUGGCAUCUUGUGUGGCUGGUAUUUUUUUGUCUACAUACAUCUGGGGUUAUAUCAGCGAUGACAUAGGAAGACGCAAGGUGUUGCUCUAUGGUGUGUUUGUUAGCAAUGGGCUACAAAUUAUUCUAAUGUUUGUUACCAGCGUCUGGCUAUUUAAUAUUAUUAACCUUCUUGGGGGUAUUAGUAUUGGCGGCAUUUCUGCUGCCAUCUAUGCAUAUUUGAGUGAAUUUCAUGUUCCUCGACAUCGAGCAAUUGUUAUUAACUAUUCGACAAUGUUUGUUAGUGUAGCUGCAAUAUUUGUGCCAGCAACUGCUUGGCUAAUAUUGUCCGGGGACUGGUCCAUUAACCUAGUUGGGGAUUUUGUUUUUCGUCCAUGGCGUUUAAUAAUGUUAAUCAAUUUACUGCCUGGUUUUAUUGGCGGUUUACUUUUACUAUAUUAUCCGGAAAGUCCAAAGCUUUUGUUGUCACAAAACAAAACCGAAGAAGCCCUAAAUGCUGUGGCCUGGAUAGGCAAAUUAAAUCGUGGAAUUUCCAUAAACCAAAUACUCAACUGUGAUGAAUUAAUAUUAAAGCCAGAAAAUGAAUCAGAGGAUAGUAUGUUACGCAAUAGCUCUGGAUGCAGCAUUCUAACAAAUAUUGUACGUGCCACAAUUCCUCUUUUCCAUAAGCCACAUGGAUUUAACUUUCUAUUGUGCAAUCUGGCCGUUUUCGGAAUGUUCUUCAGUUCCAAUGGUAUGCAAUUUUGGUUUCCCGAGAUUGUUAAUCGUUCGUCAAGUGCCGAAAAAGCAAACUCAUCUACGGUAUGCGAAAUAUUGUCCAACUCUUUUGCUCAACAAAAGGAGACAGUCGUUUUGAGCUGCAUUGAUCCAAUAUCUCAGAAGACUUACAUUGAUAAUAUGAUAGUUGGUGUUGCCUUUUUAAUAGGCUUUUGCAUUCAAGGAACUUUGCUUAAUCCCUUGGGCCGUAAAAAUGUCCUGUUAGCUGCUCUCGUCCUGUCAACUAUAAGUGGAAUACUUUUGCAUUUUGUUGUUAACUCGACAGCUGUUCUGGUUCUCUUCUGUCUUUAUAUACUCUUGCCUGGGCUAUCGAUUUCCAUAAUGCUGGGCGCUGUGGUGGACUUUGUGCCCACUAACUUAAGAGGAAAAGCAGUUAGCAUUUGCAUGUCACUUGGACGACUUGGCAUUAUAGCUGCCACCAAUCUGAUGGGUAUAAUGUUACAGCCAUUGUGUAAUACAACAUUUGCCAUGUUUACCAUUAUAUUAUUUGUUUGUAUUAUAAUUGUACAACGUCUGCCCAUCAAAAAUUCAGCUUAGUAUUAAUGGCUUUAAAUGAGUUUAAAAGUUUCUUCAAUUCAUAACCUUUUCCAGCACAAAUCAAUCAAUUACGCUAGAAUAAAAACAAACU